AUGAACUUAUUCGCCGCCCUUUUCAGCUACCAAGCUUCAAAGCUCGCCUUAUUCAUCGUCACCUUGGCAGUAAUGCCAGCUACCUCGGUAGCUAUUACGGUAGAAAAGAUAAGCUUUAUGAAUCAUUACGGAAUCAACUUGGCCGGCAAUAUUCACUACCCAAAUGGUUUUAGCAACGAUUCAGUUUACGGCGCGAUUGUUUCAGUUGGUCCAGCAGCUUCAAUUAAAGAGCACACAUCCGGACUCUAUGCCCGGAAACUUGCAGAAGAAGGAUUUAUUACUCUUGCGUACGAUUCCUCGUUUCGGGGCGAAAGCGGAGGAGAACCGCGUGAUCAAGAGAAUCCCAACGUGCGCGUCGAGGACAUCCGUGGCGCAGUGGACUUCCUCGUCAGCCUCCCUUAUGUGGAUGACAACCGAAUUGCCGUAUUGGGUAUCUGCGCGGGGGGCGGUUACGCCGCUACCGCCGCUAUGACCGAACGCCGCAUUAAAGCGGUUGGUGCUAUUGCUCCCGUAAAUGGGGGACGGGAGAACAGGGCUGCUGGUCAAAAUGCGACAAUCUCUUCAUUGGAACAAAUCGCGCGUCUCAGAUCAGCCGAAGCUCGUGGAGAAGAAUGGUCGCUGAGCCCAUGGAUGCCUGAUGAGUAUCAAAACUCGACAGAUAUUGACCAGCGCGAGGGUUAUGAUUACUAUUCCACGCCAAGAGCCUGGCAUCCGAACUGGAUAAAUCAGGUGCGAUCAUCAACUAUGGACGCCGUGAUGGCAUUCGAUGCUUUCUACCUCGCCGAAAUGCUUCUCACUCAACCAUUACAAGUCAUUGUGGGUACCAAGCCCGGUUCUUUUGGAUCCAUUCAAGAUGGUAAGUCCCUCUACGAUAUCGCUGCCUCGAAUGACAAGAACAUCAUCUCAAUCGAAAACGCCUCGCAUUUUGAUUUAUACGACAAUAGCGAAUAUGUAGAUCAAGCGGUAACUAGGCUUUCGACCUUUUAUAGGACCCGUUUGCAGUGA